AUGAAUUCUUCGUUAACAACGCCUCCUGGUUCCUACCAGGGGCCAUUGGCUUUUAUGUCCAAGCUAUCUGAAAAGGUGUACCUCUAUCAGCCUCCAUCCACCACUGGUGUCGGCGCCUCGCCGUCGGCCGGCCACCCCAAGCUGAUCAUGGUCUUUGGCUGGAUGGACGCGCGCGACGUACACCUGGCCAAGUACAUAAUCGGGCACCGGGCACUGUUCCCGAGGUCCCAGCUCCUGCUCGUCAAGGACCGCAUCUACCACCACUUCCUCCCCCUACUGGCCGCGCGCGCCCUGAGGCCCGCCAUCGCCGCGCUCAAGGCCGCGCAGCUGUCGGGCGACAGGACCGAGCUCCUCGUCCACGCCUUCUCCAACGGCGGGUCCGGCAUGCUGGCCAACCUGUACCGGCGGCACGUGCUCCCGCCGCACGUCAUGAUCAUGGACUCGUGCCCGGGCCAGUUCUCGUACCGGCGCACCCUGGCCGUGCUCAAUGUCGGCCUGCCCUUUUGGACGCGAUUGCUGCUGGCGCCCGUGUUCCACGCCUUCAUCGUCUGCUACUACCUCGCCUUUUACGUCUCCCCUUGGGGCCGGAGGCGGGGCCCCUCCCUGGCCCGCAACGCCGCCGCCCACAACGACAGGUCCGUCAAGGGCGACGGCGAGAGGGCCAGGGCCUACAUUUAUAGCGACGUCGACGAGUUCAUUGCAUCCCGCGACGUCGAGAGGCAUGCCGCCCAGGCGAAGCAGAUGGGUCUGCCUGUGAGGUUGGAGAAGUUUGUCGGCAGCCCCCACGUUGCUCACAUGCGCACCGACGAGGAUCGCUACUGGUCCAUUGUGCAGGAGACAUGGGAUGAGGGACAGACCAGAUUGGACUGA